CCCUGUCGAGCUUUCUCCACCAGCGCAGGCUUGGCCGAGCAGCUCCGCCAUCUUUUUACCAGGCUGACCAGACUAAACUACUCCAGCGGACUUGUUGUUGUCGUCAAACCACAAACUGGGCUCAGGCGCUCGGAGACGAAGAGGAAACAAAAAAAAAAGAAGGCAAUAAGUUCGCUUUUGGCCGACAUUUACCGAAUCUCCAUACGAACCGCGCAGUUUUAUGGUCCAAUGUGUUUGAUUGGUCUGGCAGCCCGAACGCAGUUUUGUUGUGUGGGUCCUGGUUGACGUCGCCUGCUCGCUUUUAAGCUCACGGAGGUGAAAAAAAAACAGGAUGAAACGGAGUCUGCAAGGGACGCAGCCGGAGGACGUCGGCGGCACCAGCGGCGGCUCGCUCAAGCGCUCCUGCAAACAGAAGAGGGAGGCGGAGCUGGAGGAGGCGGCGGUGUGUUGGGAGUGUCUGCCCCAGGAGAUCCUCCUGCACAUCUUCCAGUUCCUGCCUCUGCUGGAUCGGGCCUACGCUUCUCAGGUGUGUCGGUGCUGGAACCACGCCUUCCACAUGCCCGAGCUGUGGCGCUGCUUUGAGUUUGAGCUGAACCAGCCAGCCAGCUCCUACCUGAAGGCCACGCACCCCGACCUCAUCAAACAGAUCAUCAAAAAGCACGCCGACCACCUGCAGUACGUCAGCUUCAAGGUGGACAGCAGCAGAGAGUCUGCAGAAGCGGCGUGUGACAUCCUCUCUCAGCUCGUCAACUGUUCUCUCAAAACCUUGGGCCUCAUCUCCACAGCUCGGCCCAGCUUCAUGGAGCUGCCGAAGUCUCACUUCAUCUCGGCGCUGACGGUGGUUUUCGUGAACUCUAAAUCGUUGUCCUCCCUGAAGAUUGACGACACGCCUGUAGACGAUCCCUCCCUCAAAGUCCUGGUGGCCAAUAACAGUGACACGCUAAAACUGCUGAAAAUGAGCAGUUGUCCUCACGUGUCACCUGCAGGCAUCCUGUGUGUGGCGGAUCAGUGUCACGGCCUGAGAGAACUGGCUCUCAACUAUCACUUGCUGAGUGACGAGCUCCUCAUCGCCCUCUCCUCCGAGAAGCACGUCCACCUGGAGCACCUGCGCAUCGACGUGGUGAGCGAGACCCCGGGCCAGCAGUUCCACAGCAUCAAGAAGAGCAGCUGGGACGCCAUGGUGCGCCACUCCCCCAAGUUCAACCUGGUCAUGUACUUCUUCCUCUAUGAGGACGAGUUCAACCCCUUUUUCCGCGACGAAGUCCCCGUCACGCACCUGUACUUCGGCCGCUCCGUCAGCAAAGACGUGCUGGGCCGCGUGGGGCUCACCUGCCCUCGCCUGGUGGAGCUGGUGGUCUGCGCCAACGGGCUGCGGCCGCUGGACGAAGAGCUGAUCCGCAUAGCCCAGCGUUGCACGCAGCUGUCGGCCAUCGGCCUGGGCGAGUGCGAGGUGUCCUGCAGCGCCUUCGUGGAGUUUGUCAAGAUGUGCGGGGACAGACUGACGCAGCUGUCCAUCAUGGAGGAGGUGCUGGUUCCAGACCACCGCUACGGGCUGGACGACAUCCACUGGGAGGUGUCCAAGCACUUGGGCCGCGUCUGGUUCCCGGACAUGAUGCCCACCUGGUGAAGCUGUAAGUGGCAUGCAGACUUGUCUCCCCUAUUGACGAACAAAAAAAAUCAUCCAAAUCAAAUAAUCCUUUAGACCAUAUGGAAAAAAAUGCCAUCUGUUUGAAAUUAGACCAAAUUAGAAAAAUACUCAAUUGUUUUCAAGUCUGCCACGAUGUUCUUGCAAUAUGUUUUUAUAUUUAUAUGUAUAUUUAUGGAUCUUUGCUUUCCUGUUUUGGCAAAUUGCACUUUUUUUUUUUCUUUCUCCGAGCAAUUAACAGAUUUGUCAAUACUGUCUGUGAUAAUCAACAAAAAGUAGUUGGGAAGGAAGUCGGAGCACAGGGGUGUCCAAAGUGCGGCCAUUGGCUAAUUUUUUAACGGACCGCGGCGCAAUCUAAAAAUAUUAUUGCAGAAAAAACAUAAACAAGUGGGAUAAAAAAGUCAAUUUAAUAAGGAAAAAGUUGCAAUGUUGACUUUAUUUGCUUUCUUUAAAGCUGCUAUUGCCGGGGGGUAAAAUACAUAAAAAAAUACUUAUUGAUGGAUAAAUCUGAAGUUGACAUAUUUUUAACACUUUUUAUGAAUCAGAAGAGUUUUUAUUGCCAUUGUUUGAGAACGGGUUCACAAACUAGGAAUUUUACUUGGUGCAAUCGUGCAACAUAA